GGUGUGGAAAGUUGUUUGGUUUGAGAUUCAAUUAGGUGACCUGACCAAGUGAACAGAGAGAGAAAGAGAGAUGCUUCAAUUUGGGGAAAACCAUCUCUCAUCUUUUCUUCUUCUUCUUCUUCUUCUUCUUCUUUAAUCUUCUCUGAUCGAAAUCCGACAACAAGCACUUUUAUAGGACUGACUCACUGUUAAUAUAUAUUGAAAAUCCAAUCCAAUCCCACCCACAGUUUCCUUCUUCCGCCUCCUGUGCAGGAAUUUUGGGCACUCGUCGGACGCGGAUCCCGCUGGUAUGUCCCCACCGCCGCCCAACCCAAAAUAACCCAUCUCCGGACAUCGUGGAACCCACUGCUUCUCAAUGGCUCACUGGAUCUCCUCGAAGCUCAAGGCCGCUGAAACCCUACUCCAACAGAUUGACCAACAAGCUGCAGAGUCACUUGGUAAGAAUGAAAAAUCACUAUCAGAUGAUCCGUUAGAUGUUGAAAAUUCAUCUAGAUUGCAUGAAACUAAGCCGCUGAUAAAGGACCAGCUGAAGAAGAAAUCUCCAGAGCAUGUGGUCAACCAAGCUUUUACUUCUAGUAAUGAACAGAAUAUAAACAUCAUUCAUAGAAGCAAUAGCGAUGUUAAUGGUGAAAAUAUAAUUGGAGGACCACUACCGUUGAAGUCAAAGUCACAGUCGAGUUCUGCAUUUCCAGAUAAUGAUUGGACAGAACUUCUGAGUGUGCCAGAUAAAAAGGGAGUAUCUGGAGUAGGGAGUGUGAAGAAGAGUAUUAACCACGUGCCUGGAAUUCAAGCUUUGAAGAAAGAUGUAAAGAAACCAGGAUCAAAUCUUUCACCAGUUGAUAAGAAAAGUGAAAAGGUUAGGGAUAAUGGAGUUACGAAAAGUUCAAGGAAAUUAGGAGUUAGGCUGGACAACAGCAUCAGCGGUGAUAGUGAUGAAAAGGCAAGCAAUGCUGAAAAUGUAAUGCCAAGAAGUUCAAGCAUCAAGUUUCCAAGCAGUGCAGGUGAAUUGGAUAGGAGGGCAACUAAUUUGUCAAUUACAACCGACAAUGGUACUGUGCAAAACAAGGAAACUGAGGAGCUGACAAAAGCUGGAGAUGGACAGAAGCAGCAUCACUUGGAUUCUGAUCAUUCUUCUAACAUGGCACCCGCUUCACAUGAAAGGGAAAUGGAAAUGAAGGUGGAAUUUGAUGGUGGUGAGUUAUUCAAUGGUGGAACGGGUAAGAGUGAAAGCUCAACGAUGGAUCCUAGGAUUGCUGGUUCUCUGAAAAAGGCUUCUUCUCCUCCUAGUGAUGUAGAGUCUAAUUCAGAGACAGACACAAGUUCGUCGUCAGGUUCAGAGAGUGAAAGAGAAAUGGAAGAAAGGCAAAAGAGGAGACAGCAGAUUUUGGCAGAAAAAGCAGCUGCAAAAGCACUCCAAGCAAUUAAAGAUCGUGAAAAUUUGGUUGCUAGAUUGGAGGGAGAGAAACAGAGUUUGGAGAAAAUAAUUGAAGAGCGAGCCAAACAGCAAGUACAAGAGGCUUCAGAAUUGCAGACAACAAUGAUGGAGACCAUGGAAGCAGUUGAGCUAGAGAAGCAGAGACAUAAUAAUACUCGUAUGGAAGUACUUGCACGGUUGGCAAAACUUGAGAGUGCAAACGCUGAUCUUGCAAGGUCUCUUGCUAAUGCACAGAAGAAACUUGAAGCAGUGGUUGAUCGUGUAGCUGACCUUCGCCAACAAAUUCAUGUGAAAGAAGCAAUGCAUGAAGGGUUAAGAAGGAAGAUAUCAAGCUCAGAACGAAAUGGUGAAAAUUUACAGGUUUCGAGAGGUGUUGAACUAGAACUGAAGAUGUUUGAAGCAGAAUAUUCUUUCAUAAAUGAAAAAGUGGAGAGAAUGCAAGACCAGGUGAGGACCCUAGAAACAAGCAUUGAAACAACUCGUAGAGAAAUCGAAAAUCCUACUGAUGUUGAAAUUGAACUCAAGCAGAGGCUUGGUCAGUUAACUGAUCAUUUGAUUCAGAAACAAGUGCAGGUGGAGACACUGUCCUCCGAGAAGGCCACUCUACUUUUCAGGAUUGAGGCAAUUUCAAGACUGGUUGACGAGAACAAAGCAAUUUUUGAUUCAGCUGGCUUUCUCGAUGCCCCAUCAAGGAAUGAUGUGGAGUCGGGUGUAUGGCUACAGUCGCAUUCAACAUUUAAAGAUAGAAUACAAUCAAGUCAACGGCAUUUGGGAUCAGUAGUCCUGCAAUUGGACUCCCUCUUCUGUGCCGGCGCUGUGUUCCUUAAACGAAACAGAACAGCUAGAGUUUGGUCCCUCGUCUACUUGAUUUGCCUUCAUAUCUGGGUGUUGUACAUUCUAACAUCACAUUCUCAAGUGUCCGAAGACACUCAGUCGGGUGCUGUCAUUUCCUUGGAGAAUAUUAACAACACCGGCGGGGUGUGAUGAUUUGGUUUUCUUGGUCACUUGCUGUUAAAGGAUGUAUUUCUGCUUUAUUCUUUCCCACCGAAUAAUAAAGUUGAUGUAUUUGUCGAACUAGGGAAGGUAGGAAUUGCUUGCGGCAUGCCAGUUAUGUACACAAUCCAAUGUUGUAGGGAUGAACAAUGAGUUGCAUAGUAUAAUGAGAAAUCAGUAUAUAUAAGUUUUAA